AUGUCAUAUCAAACAUUUGAUCCACAAGCUAUACAGUCAAACAACAACAAUAAUACAAAUUACGCUGGUGUCCCUACAAAUGUCAUUGAUGACACUGACUACCCGUUCGGUGUUCCGGUUUCCUUGGGUGGAAUUAAAACUCAAAUGGAGUUUCUGCGUAAGGUUUACAUCAUAUUAAGCACGCAAGUCUUCGUUUUUCUCGCCAUAACGUCGUUAUUGUAUUACACCGACAAUGGACGAGAUUUUAUUCUAAGACAUCCAUGGCUUUGGUACAUAUCCUUAGUGCUAACUUUCAUAUUGUUGGUGGCGUUGACAUAUAAAGCGAAUGAUCAAUAUCAACCGCCGCCGCUUUUGGUGAUUUUAUUUACAUUUUUGCAUGGGUUUUUGAUUGGCGGUGUUGUCACCGUUCUUAAGUUAGAGAGUGUACUCUGCGCAUUGGUAAUAAUAUUAUUUGUGUUUCUGGCGCUUAUUGCCUACACAUAUCAAUCAAGAUAUAGCUUUAAGAGUAGACAAACAGUUGUAUACACAUUCGUAAUUCUCACAAUUGUCACCGCACUGCUAAUCCCCCUAAAAUUCCCAAUGAGCGAAGCGAUGUCGGCACUUGUCAUCUCGUCGAUUCUCUCGAUAUUUUUCGUACUUGACCUAUAUUAUUUCCUACAGAAUAUGAGUAAGAACGAAUACUGGGCAGCAGUUAUGCAGCUGCAUCUGGAUUUGAUUGUGCCGUUUAGAAGUAUACAUCAUAUAUGUGAGGUUACAGCUGAUGAAUAUGAAUAA